GUGUACGACAAACUUGAUACCUAGUUUGUUCUGUAGAGGGAAAUGCUAUCGAUUAAAAUAUAACCCUAAAUCUGUAAAAUAAUUAUGCACUUUUCUAGUUGAAUUUUUAUGAAAUAAAAAUCAAAUAAAAUGUUAAGAUCAAUAAGUUUUUGUGCAACUCAAUUAAAGACACUAAUUAAACCAAUUGUUAACACGACCACAAAAAAUGUCUUGUCACAGAAUAAUACGAAAGAUUUAUUUUAUCAGCAAACAAGGAAUACUUUUAUUUUAAAAAGAAGGAAUAAACCACCACUUAAUAAAAAGUGUGGAAAGAAGAGAAUUCUUCGACCAAAGCACUUCAUUUACGAAUUAGAAAAACAUGUUGAAACUACAAAACACAAACCAAUCCAAUUGAUAUUAACAUCUAAUGUAAAAAACAUUGGUGUUAAAGGACAAAUCGUUUCUCUAAAACCUGAGAAAGCUUACAAUGAUGUAAUCUUACCUAAAUUAGGAGUAUAUGCGACUGAAGAAAAUAUUGAAAAAUAUAUUGUAAGAAAUGACGAUGAGGAAACUAAAAUUCCUUUGAUAACAAGAAGAACAAUACAAUUUUUAUCCAUUUUUUAUUUAUCCGUAUCGUUAUCGCCAGAAGUCCCAUGGACUUUAGAAAAGUGGCACAUCAGAGUAGCCUUUCGUAAGGCACGAUUUCAUGUACCAGAAGAAGCUAUAACAUUGCCAGAAAAACCAAUAUCUGGACCCGAUAUGUCCAUUGAAGGAAAACAAUUUUAUGUCAUCGUAACGAUUAAUGAUAGUGAACAAGUUAAAGUUAGAUGUAAAAUCCACCAUUUGGCUUCUAUGGAAAAGGAUCGUAUAUAUGUAAAAGACUUUUGGAAAUAUUUAAACGAUCCUAUUUUCCCAGAAGAUAAACCAAUAUUAGAUUCUUUGCCUUUACCAUGUAAUCAACAAAAUUUAAUGUAAAAUAUAUCUAUCUGUAGAUUUACUUGUUAAUAAAUUUAUUAUAUUAUAAAAGAGAAAGAUUUU